AAAGUAUCUUACCUCUCGCUGCUGCAGAGGAUGUGACCUCGUCCUUCGUUUGGGUUUUAUGGUUUUCGCAAUUCCCACCGCGCGAACGGGUUUUUGGUUCCCGCGAUUGAGUUCAAAUUCUCGAACCCCUCUUUCUUGCUCGUCCAGCUGACCAUCAAAUCCACUCUUCGUCUCUUUCCUAUUGUGCUUCCCUGUGUCUCUCUCUCUCUCUCUCUCUCUCUCUCUCUCUCUAUUAGAAGAGAGGGGGGAACAGGGAAGAAAGGGCAGGAGGAACCGAGGAAUCGAGAUACCCGCUUCUCGCCUCUCGCUACUGGAUAGCUUCUCCUCUUCUUGGCCUUCCGUCGGAAACCUCGUAACUGUCGACUCAGAAGACAAAGAAAGCAAGGAGCCCCACUGAGAGGAGUAGCUCCAAAUUGAAGCUUACAUAAAUAUAGCGGCAAAUUGGUAAUUUUCGCGGGUGGUCACACUUCCUCACCCCCACUCCAAUAUCGUCAGUCUCUAGUCUCAACUAUCAACUAAGAAUCAGAGAGAUGCCGAGGGUUGUGAGGCAGGAGAGAACUGAGAUGGAGGAGCCGAGGGUAGAGAAAGGCAAAGAAGCGAAUAGAAGAACAAUGGAGGGUGUUCAGCAGCAGAAUGAGGCUGAAAGAAGGGUCGUUCGAUCCCAACUUCAGGCUUGGAAGAACCGUUUUCAUGAUGAAAGAGAAGAUCUUUCUCGAGCUGAUACUCCUGAAUUCAAAGAGUUCCUCGGUGAACUAGAUGUAUUGCAACCCAAAGUUCAGAAGCCCAGAGAACAGGUUGCAGAUGCAGAGGCUCUACUGGAAUUUGUCAACACCAUGGUAAUCUCUGUUAAAGCACAUGGAGAUGAGGGAGUGACUCCAUCUGAUUUCGUAACCUCUCUUCUGAGAGACUUUGGGCAAGGUGGAGGGGGUGCUAACCAUGAUGACUAUCGGAAUUCGAUGGCUUGGAGCGAUAUUGGCGAGACUGUUGGUCAUGUUUUUAGGAGGAUCUCUGGAUGCUGCACAAUGCUUGGGCCGAUGGAUACAGAAUUAAAGCAGCGAAAGAUUCCAGUUUCACGUAAACGUGCGAGGCCAACUGGAGUUACUGAACGUGCUCGUCCUGAAGAGCUUGAUAACACUGCUGAAGAAAAAACUGAUACUGAUAAGAACGUUAUAGCUAUCUUCAAUAUCCUGAAGAAGAAGAAGAAAGUCAAGCUUGAAAAUCUGGUCUUGAAUAGAAACUCUUUUGCACAGACAGUCGAGAACAUAUUUUCUCUCUCUUUUCUUGUCAAGGAUGGACGGGUUGAGAUAAAAGUGGAUGAAAAUGGAUGCCAUUUAGUUUCACCAAAGAAUUCUCCUAGAGCUGAACUAAUAGCCUCUAAGGAUGUUUCUUAUAGCCAUUUCAUCUUCAAAUUUGACUUCAAGGAUUGGCAGUUGAUGAAGGAUAUGGUGGAAGUUGGGGAGGAAUUGAUGCCACAUAGGAGUCCAUUGAAUGUAUCUGGUGAUCCUCAGGAGGAGUAUGCAGGCCAAGGACCUCAAGCAGCGGCACCAAGUACUCCGAUCAGGAAGCUUUGUAGGAACCGAGGCCUAGUCAUUCAAGAGCGGUCUGUUGCAGAAGACUCUCCAGAAAAUGAAAAUGCUGCAGCAGAUGCUAUUGCCAUCCGAAAGGGAAAGAGAAAGUUGAUAUAAGAUUGAUGUAUAGAAUACUUUUAGCACCUUUAUUACUGUUGUUUUUUUUUAUUAUUAGUAGUAGGAUGGUGUGAAUUGCUUAAACUAUAAAUCUAGUUCUGUAUAUAGAUGGAUAGGUCUAAAGGGAUUUUAUGAAAGUACAGAUUUUUUAACUCUUCUAACCAGAGGUUCAGUGAAGUUUUCGGCUC